GACUGGUAUUUAAGUACUCAGGGGAGCUCAGAGAUCACCAGAUGCUUCCUGGCAGUCCUAGUAGCAGGAACCCAGAAGGGAGUGGGAUCUGAGCGUUGCGAGGGGACCGGAGAUUGGGCUUUCUCUCCUUGACCACUCCUUGCGUGUUUGGCUUGACUCCCCCAGCCACACAGGGUCUCCUUCCUCUGCCCUUCUCAGGAGCUAACAUGGUGAUGGAAGAGGUGCUGCCCAUGGAAAGCAGGGAGCUCCGGGGGCUGCUGGGGGACCCUCGCGAGGUGGACAAGACUCUGCUGCUGGACUGCCGGCCCUUCCUAGCUUUCUGUCAGAGUCACGUCCUGGAAGCCCGGCCUGUGCACUGGAACGCCUUGUUGCGCAGGAGGUCCCGGGGGGCUGCCGGCGUUCACUUGGACUGGCUGAUCCCGGACCGGACCUUGCUGGGCAGGCUGAGCCAGGGGGAGCUGUCCCGAGUCGUGGUGCUGGAUGAAGCCAGUGGCUCUGUGGCGGAGCUCCGGGCCGACAGUCUGCCCCGAAUGCUGCUCACUGCCUUGCUCCAGGAGACUCGAGCCGGACCCACUGCUGUCUGCUUCCUGCAAGGAGGAUUCGAAGGCUUCCAGGCCAAUUUUCCAGAUCUGUGCUCAGAACCUCCUGCGCCAGCUUUACCCUCACCUGUGGCUGAGCCAGAGAGCAGCCGGUCAGGCACUGGGGCCCCUUUGUACGACCAGGGGGGCCCCGUGGAGAUCCUGCCUUUUCUCUACUUGGGCAGUUGCAAUCAUUCAUCAGACCUGGAGGGACUUCAGGCUCUGGGCAUCACAGCUGUGCUUAAUGUUUCCGCGAGCUGUCCCAACCAUUUUGAAGGCCUUUUCCGAUACAAAAGUAUCCCUGUAGAAGACAAUCAGAUGGUUGAAAUCAGUGUCUGGUUCCAGGAGGCUAUCGGCUUCAUUGACUCAGUGAAGAAUUCUGGGGGAAGAGUCCUGGUACACUGCCAGGCAGGCAUCUCACGUUCAGCCACCAUCUGCCUAGCGUACCUGAUGCAGAGCCGCAGGGUGAAAUUGGAGGAGGCCUUCGACUUUGUCAAACAGCGUCGUGGGGUCAUCUCCCCCAAUUUUGGUUUCAUGGGACAGCUUCUGCAGUUCGAAACUCAAGUGCUUUGCCACUAGGAGGGGAGGUCUUCUCUCCCCUAAUCCCUGAACUCCUCUAGACUGCCAGUUCAAAUGUGGGAUCAGUCCUGUUGCUCUCUGAAAGGACUAUGCUCUGGCCCUUGCCAGUAAGGACUAUUCAGUUCACUGGGAAAUACCUCACUUGAGUUGCAGAGAGCAGGGCAAGCUGAGAGAACUGAUUCUCUCUUUCUUUGGAAGGAUGAUCCCCUCCCCUGUUCUGGUUACUCUUUCUCUGGAAGCUGCCUCCCUCAGCUGUGAAUGAUACCAUUGGGAGGGGAAAGGACUUGAAGACAGACAGCAUGCUGGGUGACCUGAUUUGGUGCUUUUCUGCUCUGGGUGUGAGGUCAAAUUCUCCCCAUUAAUGAGGGAAUGGAGAUGAAUAUUAGCUCUUCUCUAUUUCCCCCUUUCCCCUCUUCAACAGGCAGAAAUUAAUUGGGCUCCCCACACUCAUUCCUUUUUUCCUGCCUUCCAGACCCCUGACCCUGAUUUCGGGGUCAAUUGCCAAAAUUCCCAGUUUUUCUUCUCCUCCAGUAAGCCCCCCACUACCAUGAGACUCACUACUGUUCUCCAAUCUGGAUCUCCCCUAAGCCCAAGCUGCUGGGGUACCUAACUCUGAAACCUGUGCUGUGAAAACCGAACUGCCCUGGGGGUAGGGGGCUGAGAUGGGAGAAGGGCCUACCCAGGAUCAGAGGGCCUUGAGAGAGCCCAGCUCCUGAUGAUUACAAAGGAUCCUGGGAGUGCUGGAUGACUCAGUGGACUAAUAUAUUCUAUCACCAGCAUCAUACGCAGGAAAGCAAUACAGCAUAUGUAUGUGUGUAUGUCGUACUGAAAAACUAUUUAUGUUCAACUGACAUUUACCACUCCCCCUCUGCCACCUCCCCCACUUCCCCCCAAGCCCACAAACCCUGUAGGCGGGCUUGGAAAAUUAGCACUUUAUAUUUAUACAGAACAUUGUGGAUGUUUUAAUAAAACAUUGUUUUGGUUUUUUUUUAUAAAGAAAAAAAUAAACAAACACAAAACAGCUCUAAACUUCCUGUCUCCAUGUAAGGGCAUAAAGGGGUUCCUAAGUUGUUUCUAAAUUAAAUCUCACUCUUCUUCUUCUCCUCCACUCCUGGAGGGAAGGAAGGAGAUUUGGAGUGCAGAGAAAUAGCUCUGGGAGUCAGGAGACCCUGGCCCUCUUCUAAAUGGCUGGAAUUUUUUUUAGUGAAGAGGAUGGAUCAUUUUGUCAGAUAAUAGAAGCACACUAGCUAGCCUUUCAUUAUCAAAUGAGAUAAUGCCUAACUCUUAAAUGAUUGUUCAUUCCUCUGCUUCCUUUCUCCAAAGUGGGUUAUAAGAGCUCUAGAAGCCUCCAGUCUCCAUCAAAAAGCUGUGAUUAGGAGAAAGAAGGUCAGGAUGGGGGUCCCUGAGCUAUCAGGGACUGUGAAGUUCUUGGUUUCCACUAGGGUAUAUUUUGCCCUUUUCUUUCUCAAAUUAUUUCAUCUCUAAUGGGGAUGCCAUGAAUGUUGGUAGAGGGAGGUGUGAGUCCAGAUGGAUACAGAAACAACUCAGACCAUGAGACCAAUUGCUGCCCUGGGCCAGUUGCCCUGCCUUGCUCCAGGGAGUAGUCCUGGAUACAGCUAUUAAAAAAUCUCUAUCCUUUCUUCCCUACACCUCACACUCCCCAAGGCUUCCAUACCACAUUGUUCUGGGACUUCUUCCUCUCCCAGAUCCCUGAGACUAAGAGAAAGAGAGAGCUAGAAGGAGAUCCUUGACCUAUUAAGGACAGUGGAGUUGUGGUUUCCUGAAACAAUAUCUGCUUCCCAAGGUUGUGAGGAUCAAAAGAAAUGAUAUUUAUGAAGCGCUUAGCAUAGUUCUUAGCAUGUUUGUUGUUUUUCAGCUGGCUUUUUACGAUCCCAUUUAGAAUUUUCUAGGCA